AUUAGCUUACAAUGAGAACCAUCAACUCUAACCAGUCGGUGAUCAUCCCGAAGGGUGUAUCCCUGAAAGUGCAUGCCCGUGUUGUGACGGUGAAAGGGCCGCGCGGGCAGCUCAUCAAGAACUUCCGCCAUCUGCCCAUCGAUGUCUACAAGGUGCACCGCAAGAAGGUGACGGUGGAAAAGUGGUUCGGUUCCAAGAAAGAGCUGGCCGCUGUCCGCACCGUUUGCUCGCAUAUCGAGAACAUGAUCAAGGGUGUCACCAAGGGAUUCCAGUACAAGAUGCGUGCUGUACAUGCUCACUUCCCGAUCAAUUGUGUGAUCAGUGAGAACAACUCGUUGGUGGAAAUCCGUAACUUCCUGGGCGAGAAGCACAUCCGUCGCGUGAAGAUGCAGUCCGGCGUGACCGUGGUGAACUCCGCCAAGCAGAAGGACGAGCUGAUCCUGGAAGGCAAUGAUAUCGAAGCGGUUUCGCUGUCGGCCGCCCUCAUUCAGCAGUCGACCACCGUCCACAACAAGGAUAUCCGUAAGUUCUUGGACGGUCUGUACGUUUCCGAGAAGACCACCGUGGUACAGGACGAGGAAUAAUUUGUAACAUUGUUGUAAGCAUACGGAAUGAAGCAGAAAACAAAGCGCGUGGUGUGAACGAUGGA